CAGCUGACAAAAACUGAAGUGUCAAACACAAUCCAACCAAUCGCAAUCAGUAAAAAACCUUCCUUUUCUCUUGCUUGCUUGUUCCUUCUUUCUUUAAGGCGUGUUGUGCGUACGUAUUUGUGCACCGCCGCCGCAGUUAUUUAAUAAAAUGGGAUUCGUAAAAGUCGUGAAAAAUAAACAAUACUUCAAGAGAUACCAAGUUAAAUUCAAGAGGCGUCGUGAAGGCAAAACCGACUACUAUGCCCGUAAACGUCUUAUCGUUCAGGACAAAAACAAGUACAACACGCCCAAGUACCGCCUGAUUGUCCGUCUCUCCAAUAAGGAUGUGACCUGCCAGGUUGCCUACUCUCGCAUAGAGGGAGACCACAUUGUGUGCGCUGCUUACUCUCAUGAGUUGCCCAAAUAUGGCAUCAAGGUUGGACUGACAAACUAUGCCGCUGCUUACUGUACUGGCUUGUUGUUGGCACGCCGUCUUCUUCAGAGGCUGGGCCUUGACUCCUUGUACAUUGGCCAGACUGACGUCACUGGUGAUGAAUACAAUGUAGAACCAGUAGACAAUGGCCCAGGUGCAUUCAGAUGUUACUUGGAUGUUGGUUUAGCACGUACCACAACUGGCGCAAGAGUGUUCGGUGCCAUGAAAGGUGCUGUUGACGGUGGUCUCAAUGUUCCCCACUCAAUCAAAAGGUUCCCAGGUUAUGAUGCUGAAGCAAAGAAAUUCAAUGCUGAAGUACACAGGUCACAUAUCUUUGGUCUACACAUAGCAGAAUAUAUGAGGAACUUGGAACAAGAGGAUGAUGAUUCUUUCAAGCGGCAAUUUGGCAAAUAUAUCAAGUUUGGUGUAGCAGCUGAUGCAAUUGAAGGUCUCUACAAGAAAGCCCAUGAAGCCAUCCGCGCAGAUCCAUCUCACAAGAAGAGGGAUGAGAAGAAGGACCCUGCUAAACAAAAACGCUGGAAUAAGCGCAAGCUUACACUGGCUGAGAGAAAGAACAGGAUCAAGCAGAAGAAGGAGUCCUUCAUCAAGAGGUUGCAGGCGCAAGCCGAAGCUUAGUGGCUUUUUUAAACAAUAAAAGCCAUAUUUUGAUGAA